UCCUCUCGCCACUCCCUCCGAACCUUCCCGUCGAGCUUGUUCCAGUGUCCAGUUUCUGUGCUGAAGCGUGAUGAAGAGGUCGGUGCUGCUGCUGGGCGUGACAGCCUUCUGCCUCUGCGUGUUUGCCACCGCAAACGCAAGUCAACAAGACGAAUCUUUCCCUGAGAAGAAUGGAGUUUUACAGCUAGAGAAGGGGAACUUCAACAGGGCACUGAGGAAAUACGAUCAGCUGCUGGUGCACUUCUAUGCUCCUCUAACUGUGCAGGGCUAUCGGGUGACGGCGGCGUUUGAAGGCGCCGCUGCAGAGCUUCAGGGGUCAGAGGUCAAACUGGCAACGGUUGAUGUGACUAAGGAGAAGGAACUGGCUAAAGAUCUCAGCGCUACAGACCAACACACCAUCAGACUGUACCUGUCAGGAGAUAAACACAACCCUGUAACCUGCCCUGAUCCUCAGAACUCCGCCUCCAUCUUAGCCUGGCUGAAAAGGAGAGUGGGAUCUGCUGCUGACCUCAUCACUGAUUUCAGCCAAUCAGAGGCUUCAGAGGAGCUGACGGUGGUUGGAUUCUUUGAGGAGCUGGACCAUGAGUACGUCCAGAUGUUCUACGCUGCAGCGAUCGACCUUCCUGACAUUAACUUUGCCGUGACGCAGAAUGAUGACGUCAUCACCAAAUAUGGUCUCACGCAUGACGUUGUUCUGCUGCUCAGAAAGUCUAAACUCAUUCAGGCUUACAAAAUGACGCCUCAGACGUCUAAAGAGGAGCUGAUCAUCUUUAUCACCGUCUUCCAGAUGGAUCCAGUCACCGAGUACAAUGGACAGACAGCCACUCGGAUCUUAUCCUCGCCUGUAUUAAACCAUGCACUUCUCUUUGUCAACAAAAGCUCAGAAGACUUUGAAGAGAUUUUCUCUGCUUUCAACAGCGCUGCAGAGACUUUCAGGCUGAAGAUUUUGUUCGUGUACGUGAACGUGGAUGAGCCUCGUAACGGCAGGAUGAUGGAAUACUUCCGGGUUCGCGACUUUGAGGCUCCUCUCAUCCGACUGGUCAACCUGACAGACCAUGUGACCUACCAUCUGCCGUCUGACACCCUCAAUGUAGGCAUCAUUACAGAGUUCUGCCAGUCCUACCUGGAGGGAAAAGCUAAGCCAAAGAUGCAGAGUGAGCCGAUUCCUGAAGGGUGGGACGAGAAGCCGGUGAAGGAGCUGGUGGGAAUGAAUCUGGAGAAAGUUGCCUUUCACCCCAACAAGACUGUUUUUGUCAUGUUCUAUCUGCCCUACAGUCGGGAGUCUCGCGCUCUAUUUCCACUGUGGGAGGAACUCGCCGAGUCCUUCAAACAGCAACAGGAAGUGGUCAUCGCUCGCAUCGACGCAUCAGCCAACGACAUCAACCUGUCGACGCAGGGAGCGUACCCGUCGCUCUGCCUGUUUCCUGCUCUGUACGCUGAAAGGGUGGUGGUUUACACUGGAAAAAGGAAGGUGGACGAUCUGGUUAAGUUUGUAGAAAAGGAGAUGGAGAAAGCCAGAAACUACAGAGUUAAGGAGGAUGAAGACAGGAGGAAGUACACAGAGGCUUUCGAAGCUGAAGAGGCAAAAAGAUCCAACAAAACUAAAGAUGAGCUUUAAUACGAGAACAAAGACAGUACAGUGUGUGUGAGAGUGUAAAUUAUGAUUAAUCAUCUGAAAAAAAUUUUUUUAUUCAUACCACAAAUAUAUGAAAAGUCUGGACGAACAACUUAUGAAUGGUGCUUAAUUUACUUCUGUUCUAGUCUAUUUCAAAUGUUGUUGAGGAAACGAUGUGAAAACACACGUUCACACCUUUAAUUUUAACCAAGAUCCCAAAGACUUCAAAUUUCAUCUGUUCAGGAAAAUGUAACAGAUUCCUGCACACAAAAUGUCAUUGAUCUAACUUGACCUGAUGGAGAAAAAGUCUCAAAAAUUUAGUUUGCAUAUAAACAGACACAUUUUCCCCCAAUUACAUACUGUUGACUGUUGUUUGAAAAACGUUCUGAUGUCUUAUAAAUUCAACACAAUCAACUGAUGGGUGUAUAAACAUAGCAUGUAGUAUUUUAUUAGAUUCUAUCCCUUUUUGAACAUCAGGAACACUGCCUCUCUGCAGGUGAAUGAGUUACACAACAAAGCUAUUUCCAGUCUUAAGUUAGUUGUACCUUCAUUAUUGACAGUUCAAAGUGUCUCCCUCAACCCUGCGCAGUUCUGCAUCGACAAAGGCACAUGUUUAGCCCUGGACAGAAGAAUGACCGUGUUUCAGUCAUUCUGAAUCCUCUGUGGAAUGUUUUAUGAGCUAACAGAAACCAUUCCCCAUCUCGACUGAUCAAGGCCUGCAAGCUUCAGGUUAGACAAACAAGUUUCUCACCCUUCACCUUCACAGCAUUCACCACAAUCCCCAAUGGCCUUCCAACUUUGAGGAAAAUGGGGCCAUUUGUUUCUACUUUACUAAAAAAACAAAUAACAGAGGGAUUUUUUUCAAGCAGUUUCUAAUUUGAAUACAGUUGAAUUUCUGCUCUACCUUUGAUAAAGUCAUGCACCAUUAAACUGUGGAUGUCAAACUGCUAAAGAUGAGCUGAAGAUGCAGUCACUGGUCUGAGAAAGGGAGUCUCUGUUUUUGUUUAGUGGCUUUGACCUCAUAUCAGUGUUUUUUAUUUUACAGAUUUUUUUUAGAUUUAGUGUUAAUGAAAUACACAAAUGUGAACAAAUUGAUACUGAGAGUUUGUUAAUUUACAUGUCCGACGUCAAGUAAAAACCUGUAACUUUGUCUUAUUAAAAUGCUUGUUUUGUUAGUUUGUUUUUGACACUUUAGAUAUAAAAAAUGGAGACAGACAGACAUAUAUAGACAGAGCUGUAAAAAAAAAAAGUCUUAUGUUACAUAAUCAAUCAUGCGUCUGAAAAAAUGUUGAUCAUUAGGAUAACCUAGAAAAAAGUUACAAAAAAUAUUAAUAGGAAAAUGGUCCUUUUUCUUAAAAACAACAGCAACAUUUAAAAAUGUAAAAUCCUGAAAAUGACAGAAUCCAUCAUCACAGGGAUUUGUCAGUGAUCAGCAGCAACAUUAGUUCUGACGCAUGAUUGUUUUAUCUUAAAGAUCUUCAAGACAAAAAUGCCAUGAACGUAUUAUAUAUCUGUGUUUGUUCUUCUUUCAAAGAACUUAUUGUUUUCACCAACAUCAGUCCUGAUUCUAAAAACCACACUUUCAAUUAUUUUCAGGAUUUUAACCCUUUAAAGGCCAGUGUGUCUACAAUAUAUCUGACCUGAUCACAGUCUGAGAUUUGUCAAUAGAAGUCAGUAACAACAUUGACUCCAGUGUUUGUCUCAUCUUCUGUUCGAUGUAACAAAUUUAGUUUUAUCAUGAAAUAUCUAUUUGUUUUUUGGAAUUAAGCAGAAGCCACAAAGUGUAUUUGUCUGACCUCUGAGUAAACGUUCAACAGCUCUCUGGUCUCACGUAUCAUCCACACGAAGACGGUGUUUUGGGGGUCUGUAAACGAUCAUUUUUGAAAACGGGUUCCAGAGUGGAAAGAUUUUGAAAGGCCGUUUACGCAGCUCCGUGUGUACGGGCGAUCCGCUGCUUUUCAGAAAAGCUUGUGUUAUAGUUUCGUAUCUUCAUUGACAUGCAUGCGCCACACGCGGCCACGACAACAACAAUGAAACAGUGUAGCAAAUGUGCUGAUGAAGCUCUCUGUUUACAACUUUUGCUGCAAGUGGGCAUGCCCCCAGUUUUUUUCUUCUGUUUGCGCGUGUUUCUGUCAUAUCGUUACAGCGCCCCUAGAGGUCUGGCAUGUGUUUUACAGCGUUUCCAUGCGUAUCGAGUGCAUUCGUGUAGACGGAAACAUUUUCUGAGACGCCUUCAUGUUUACGGCGAUCGUUUUUGAAACUGUUCAGCGUUUCGUCUUCGUGUGGAUGGGGCCUCAGCUUAUUCUGAAAAGUCUCCUAACUACUGCUGAUCUUCAGGACGGCGUGUCAAACCUGAAACCUGCCGUUUCCAGACAGAUGCACUCAGAGUUUCACACAGAGAUUCUUCUACAGUCUGGACUUUCAGAUAUGACAUCACACAGUGUGACCUGGGAUGAUGUUGCCUAGCAACAGCCACAGAAGUACAACAGAAGCACAACAACAAAUCCAAGAUGGCUGCCAGAGAAAUGUGCUCAUGUUUCACAGUUCUGGUUAAAAUAAAGAUUGAAAUAAUAUUUAAAAUUCA